UUAUCAGUCUCCCCCUAUCGACACAGCAGUGCAGUGCGACGGUACGUCCAAUCGCCCCAAGUCGAAAUCUCUGCGAGAGAGGUGACAUCAAGCGUUUAAAGGGCCGAGGCAGUAAAUUUGGUCGUGGCAGACGAGGCAGAGAUUCUCUGUGCUUUCCAGCUGCCCUCUUCUACACCCACAUUCAGCCGAACAGCCAUCAUUCCGGCUUGUUCCGCUCAAGGACAGGAACGAGAAAGAAGAGAAAAGGAUAGAGUCAAGCCGCAUCGCCAACGGGAAUUACCAGAUUAUAAUCUGAGCUGAGCCCAGAAAAAAAAUCAGCACCUUACCAAAUAACCAAAAGCAGAAGUGAAAAUGAAGACCUUACUCCUCUCGAUUAUUUUCUGUAUUUUCUUUAUUCAUCAUUCCCUUACACAAAGCGACUCUGAGUUUAUUGUAACAACUAGGUUAGGUCGUGUACAGGGUUUACGCUUGCCCAUGCCAGAUCGAAGCCAUGUUGUUGCUUUUCUGGGUAUUCCAUUUGCAGAGCCUCCUGUAGGAAAAAAGCGUUUUAAGCCAGCUGAGCCUAAAAAGCCAUGGAAUGAUGUGUUUGAAGCCACAGAUUAUUCCAAUGCUUGCUACCAGUAUGUGGACACUUCAUAUCCCGGCUUUCCUGGCACAGAAAUGUGGAACCCCAACAAGAUAAUGAGUGAAGAUUGUUUAUACCUAAACGUGUGGGUUCCUGCUUCCCCUCGGCCACACAACCUCACAGUUAUGGUAUGGAUAUAUGGUGGAGGCUUCUACAGUGGUUCUUCUUCUUUAGAUGUCUAUGAUGGUCGCUAUCUAGCACAUUCUGAGAAGGUUGUGGUGGUAUCUAUGAACUAUCGUGUGGGUGCAUUUGGGUUUCUUGCCCUUAAUGGCUCCUCUGAGGCUCCUGGAAAUGUGGGACUGUUAGACCAGAGAAUGGCACUCCAAUGGGUCCAGGAUAAUAUUCAAUAUUUUGGAGGAAAUCCUAAGCAGGUGACCAUUUUUGGGGAGAGUGCUGGUGGAGCCUCAGUUGGCAUGCAUCUUCUGUCUCCAGAGAGUCGCCCCAAAUUCACUCGUGCCAUUAUGCAAAGUGGUGUGCCAAAUAGCCCUUGGGCUACAGUCAGCUUUGAUGAGGCUCGAAGAAGGGCCAUCAAGCUGGCCAAAUUUGUAAGCUGUCCUGAUGAUGAUGAUGCUGAGCUUGUUGACUGCCUUAGGAACAAGCAACCACAGGAGCUUAUUGACCAUGAGUUCCGGGUACUCCCAUAUAGCAGCCUAUUCCGUUUUUCGUUUGUUCCUGUGAUUGAUGGUGUGGUGCUCCCUGAUACCCCUGACGCCAUGUUGAGCUCAGGCAACUUUAAGGAUACUCAAAUUCUUUUGGGUGUAAACCAGGAUGAAGGAUCAUAUUUCUUGAUUUAUGGUGCACCAGGUUUCAGCAAGGACAAUGAUAGUCUGAUAUCAAGGGAGGAUUUUCUACAAGGUGUUAGGAUGAGUGUUCCACAUGCUAAUGAUAUUGGAUUGGAGGCUGUUAUACUUCAAUACACAGACUGGUUGGAUGAGGACAACCCUUUGAAAAACCGCGAGGCAAUGGAUGACAUUGUGGGGGACCAUAAUGUAAUCUGCCCUCUGCAGCACUUUGCAAGAUCCUACGCCAACUCUGCCCAGCAGACAGGAACAACAUUUCAAGGAAACCUUGGUUGGGCCAAUUCAGGCUCAGCAAGCAACAGCGGCCCUUCACAAGUUUCUGUGUACCUCUACCUCUUUGACCAUCGCGCUUCAAACCUGGCCUGGCCAGAAUGGAUGGGAGUGAUCCAUGGCUAUGAAAUUGAAUUUGUGUUUGGGCUGCCAUUGGAGAAGAGGCUUAACUACACUGCAGAAGAGGAGAAGCUCAGUCGACGUAUAAUGAGAUACUGGGCUAAUUUUGCUCGUACUGGCAAUCCCAAUAUCAACAUUGAUGGAUCCGUAGAGAGCCGACGGCGAUGGCCUCUCUUCACAGCAACAGAGCAGAAGCAUGUGGGCCUAAACACAGAUGCAAUGAAGGUGCACAAAGGGCUGAAAACACAGUUUUGUGCCCUGUGGAACCGGUUUCUGCCUCGUCUCCUUAAUAUAACUGACAACAUUGAUGAUGCUGAACGGCAAUGGAAGGCAGAAUUCCACCGCUGGAGCUCCUACAUGAUGCAUUGGAAGAGCCAGUUCGACCACUACAGCAAGCAAGAGCGUUGUACAGAUCUGUAGAUAGACAUGCGGAGAAUGUGGAGCAUUGGAGAGAAUGCAAGAAAAUAAAAAUUAGAGAAGAGUGAUGACCAUAUUACUCUAUAGUCUGAGGAGCCAUCUGUUAGAAUGUCUCUGAGCCACUGUAGAUUAUGCCCUUUAUUGAUGGGUUCCGCUGAGUAGGUAGAAGAUUUAACAUGGGAAGGUUACAGUUAUAAGCUAUGUAGUAUAUGAUUUACCAGUAUAUUGUUAGCUGUUGUAUUAUUUUGCAUUUAAAUAUUAUUACAAUUACCCUAGACAGUGGUUUGACUGCACUGCAUGUUAACUGCAGGAAGAGACUAUUAAAAGUUACGGUCAUCAUUGAAGGUGUAUGAGAGAACAUGUUAAAAGUGCGAUAUUACCUCUGAUAAUUUUGUCUUUGUGUGUCAGUAUACCUAUAACAGUUCACUCUUGUCCUCAGGAUCCCGUUUUCCUUUUUACUUUGAUUUGCUUAAGCUAUAAUUGCUGCUUGACCAUAUGUGCAUUUGUCUAUAUUCCUCUUCUAUAAUGUCAACACUCUCCACUGUUUAAAUUUUAUGUGUGGCCUAUGGUUAUGUGCAGUUGUCUGCUGUCUAUGUGGGUCCAGAACAAUUCUUUGAUAUCACAUAUAAGGGAAUCAUUUCAGAACAUGCUCAAUGUGCUGGCUCUAUACUGCACUGAUGUUUUUGUUCUGGCUUCCAGAAAUAUUUGUGUAUGCCAUGUCUGUGUACUAUACUCAUAUGUAAAGAAUUUACAUCUUGUUUGAUACACCUAUUGCAUGCAUACGGGUGCUCACAGCAUGUUCCACCUCUAUUUAUGUGUGUUUGUGAGGGUGUGCAAGCUAAAAAGUGACUGUGUAAGAGUAUAUCUGAAUUGAGCGCCUCCACGGGUCAGUAUCCAUUAUCUCCUGUCUAUAUGUAGCACACCACUUGUGAAAGUCACCUCCACUUUCAUUAUAUUUACGCAGGCACUUUGUGCAUCUGUGCAAGUCCUUAAAAGAGAGCUCUGUAACUACUGUGUCAUGCCUGUGUGCCAAAGAGUCAAUAACUUUUUUUCCACUACUGGCUCCCCUCCCAGUAGGAAAGAAUUUUCAUUACGGUAAUGGAAGGAGUGUAAUUUAGUUAGUGCUCAUUUGAAAUGAUGGUCUGCUGUGUCAGCCAUCUUAACCCCAACUUUGCCAUCACUCAACUUAUGCAUUUGGUAGAUGAUGCAGAAAAGCAGAGUGUUUAAAUGGGAGUGCUUAGAGAGCAGACAUUUACAAGAGCCAGCUAGAGUUCUCUACUCAUUCUCAUGGUUUAGUAUGUCCUUUUUUCCUUUUCAGUCGCAUGCUUGCACUUAUUAUGAAAUGUAGAAGAGCACACAGAGUGUAUUCACUUUGCUCUUGUCUGGUUCAAUUAUUAUGUACAAUAUUUAUAACAUACUUGUUGGACACUUUCUCUAUCCUCAUUUAAUGUACAAUUUUCUUUGCUCUUGUCUUCUGACCGUAUCUAGCUCACUAUAUUUGUAUAUUUUAAAGUGUGUUUAUUUGGAUGCUUAGAGAUGCUUUGAGUCACACCACUGAGUUAUUCACUUGUUAUUUCAGUAUAGUUUAUCUCUUAAUCAGUUCUUAACACUGUGGAAGAGCACGUGCACCAGCAUGUAUUACAAUUAGCUGUAAUUAAAUGUAACCUCAAAAGCUGACAGGACAAGGGAGAUGUACAUGGAAAAGAUAUCAUCUGGAAAAAAUUCUGUAUGGAAUUGUUUUGAUAUGAGAUAAAAUCAGAUAAGUGAAUUAAAUGCAUGUGCCAGCAUUGUGGCUGGGGCAUAAGCUUGUCUGUUGCUGCUCUUGCAUCUUUUGCUCAUGACAAUUUUUCCUUAUCUUCUGUCCAGUGACAAGACCUUUGCAUGUCCUAAAUCUCCUCCCCAAUAGAUUCUGUACUUACAAAUUUGACUGAUAAACCUUGUGACAAUACUCCAGUGCUGAUGUUAUUAUAUCAUACAUUUAUAUCUACUAAAUAUUAUUAUUAGCCCUGAGAUUGAGGUUAGCAAUAAUAGGUUAUACUUGCAGUGAAAUAUAUUGGAAUUGACAGUAAUUUCAUUGGUAUUAAACAUGGUAGUGAUAUUGUGAUUGAUAAAUCAUCUUAUCUGGACAAAGUGUUGUAUGUGUGGCUUUUUUGUUUUUUUCCAGUAAAAACUAUUCUGGGAGUCUUUACUGGUUCAUGUGCUGUUGAAAUCACUCAUAUACUGUAAUUAAUGUGAACACAACAUUGUGUGAUUAUGUUUAAGUGUGAGUUUUUUCAUUUUUCAUUCUCAUCGUUAUUCUUUUUGGUCCAGACAUUGCUCAUUGUGCCAAACUUGUGUGGUGACAGCAUUGUGCUACUACUCUGCAUGGUACUACUGCUGCCUCUUGGGCAUUGUAUUUGCCAUUGUAUUUGAAGUCCUCCAACAAAACCUCAUUAAAAAAAGGUCUAACUACCCUAAAA